AGCACCGGCCAAAAAAAUCAAAAACCCUAACCCAAUUCUGGAUUACUUCCAGGUAAAAAUACUGAUGCACCGCCAAUCCAAUUGCAUUCCUCCUUACUUCAGUUUGAUUUGAACUCCGAAACCGAAAUACACCUGUGAGUUGAAUUCCUCCUUACCUGCUGCUAAAAAUUACUAUUCCUCGCCUAAAAUGCUUGCUUUUUUAUUCUGCAAAGGAUUGCCGCUGCCUUCUCCAAUUGGGAGAAAUCUUGGGUCUUUGAAUACCCAUUUUCGUUUUCUUUUAGAUUUUGCACCAGUUUUUCAAACCAGACGUUUCUCAUCCAUCGAAGUCGCAGAGAAGCUGGGUAAAUGCUCAUUUACAGAGUCUUACCUCAUUAAUUCGUGUGGGUUAUCCCCUGCAUCUGCUAAAUCUGCCUCAAAGUACGUUCAUUUCCGAGAUUCCGCAAACCCAGAUUUAGUCCUCAGUUUUCUCCGAAACCAUGGAUUCACAAAUGCUCACAUCUCCAGAGUUGUCAGGUCAUUUCCGAGAGUGUUAUUGUUUGAUGCCAAGAAAACUGUUUUGCCCAAGUUUGAAUUUUUUAAUUCCAUUGGGAUUUCAGGUGCAGACCUUGCAACUCUCAUCUCCAGGAACCCAUCCGUCUUGGGACGUAGCUUAAACAAACAGAUUAUCCCUUGUUAUGAUUUCCUCAAGACUCAUCUUGUCCAUGAUAAAAUAGUUGCUAAGUCUUUGAUAAAACGUUCAUGGGUUUUGUUGCAGAAUCUGCAAAAGGAUCUUAGUCCCAAUAUCUCAGUCUUGAGAGGAGUUGGAGUUCCAGAUUCGCUUAUCCGGUAUAUGUUGGUAGGGUUAUCUGAGUCUUUGUGCUUAGAUACCAAUAAAUUCAAGAAGAAGGUGGAAAAUGUUCUUAGUAUGGGAUUCAACCCUUCAAAGUAUGCAUUUCUUGAAGCUAUUAAAUGUUGGCCAUCCAAAAAAGCUUGGCAACUCAAAAGAGAUGCUUACAAAAGUUGGGGUUUGUCUGAAGAUGAAUUGUGGUUAGCUUUCAGGAAAGAUCCUAAAUUUAUGGCUUCAUCGAUAAAGAAAGUUACAGGUGUGCUGGAUUUUCUGGUGAACAAGAUGGGUUGGCAUCCUGUUGCUGUCGCUAGGGUUCCAUCGGUAUUUAAUUUCAGUUUAAAGGAGAGGAUCAUCCCGAGGUGUUCAGUUUUAAGAGUUUUGCGGUUGAAGGGUUUGAUGAAGAAAGAAAUUGCUGUUUCUUCUGUGGUGAUAUCCUCAGAGAAGUGCUUCUUAGAUAGAUUUGUGUUCAGGUAUCAGGAACAUGCUCCUCAAUUGUUGAGCAUCUUCCAAGGGAAACUACAUAUUUUGGAACUAGACCUACUCUUUAAGGAAGAAACUGGUGCUAAACUAAAAUAGCUUGCAGCAUAACAAUCUGAUAAGAGUUAUUUCCCUUUUGAUGGCAGUCGACAUGGUGUUCCAAGAUCCCUACUCAAGUUGGCGGAAUCAUCUGACUCAGCUGAAAGGGAAUUUCAUCUUGUCCAGUUAUCUUGACUUGAAACACAUAAUUUGCUGUUCUUGUAUCUACACCAUGAGGGCAUAGCGGAUUUGCAGUGACUAGCAAAUAUUACUUGCAUUGGUUAUUUAUAGGAUCCACUAGUGCAGUUGUGCAAGCAGACUAAACUGGGAAGUCUCACAUCAGUAAGACGUUUUGUUAACUUGUAUUGGUACAAGGGAAGAUUUGUAGUGUUUUUUCAAAAUUUUCCUUAUUGCAAGUUUUACUCAGACUACCUAAUGCAUAACUCUUAUUCACAGCUUGCUGCCAAAACCAUUGUUUGUAUUAUGGAAUGUUUUGUUUAUCAUUCUGUAAGGGACUGCUGCUAUCAUUUCCAAGCUGGAGAAAUGAUGGAUAAUCAAAUACCCAUUUGCGU